AUGCUAUCGUUGGCAUCCUUGUCACUUUUGGCAACCGCUGCGAGUGCUGCAGUUGGCGGAGCACGGCGAUUUAUCGACGCUGACGGGGAAGCUUCACUACGAGCUGCGAGCGCAGAACUGGCUCCGUCCUAUCCAGCAUACAACCUGUCUAUUCCCAUUGAUCACUUCCAAAAUUCCAGCCAAUACGAGCCCCACAGCGAUGGUACUUUCAAUAAUCGUUACUGGUUCGAUGCCAGCCACUACAAGCCUGGCGGCCCUGUCAUCCUUUUCGUUGCAGGCGAAGCAUCAGGAGAUUAUCGUUUUCCACUUCUUGAGAAGGGUAUCGUCUACCAACUUGCCUCGGCUCACGGCGGUAUUGGUGUAAUCUUGGAGCAUCGUUUCUAUGGAACUAGCUUCCCCUUUGAGGACAUUACGGUUGAGGACGCAAGAUUCCUGACGACAGAACAGUCGCUUGCCGAUGCGGCAUACUUCGCCAAGAACGUUGUCUUCCCUGGACUCGAAAAUGAAAAUCUCACAUCCUCAGGCACUCCCUGGAUCGUGUAUGGAGUCUCCUACUCUGGCGGACAGUCGGCAUUUCUCAGAAAGCUGUACCCGGACGUUUUCUGGGGCGGAAUCUCGUCUUCAGGGGUGACUGAAGCCAUCAUCGAUUACUGGCGAUACUUUGAGCCUGUCCGACAAUAUGGACCAGCUGACUGCAUUUGGACACAGCAGUUCAUCACCGAUGUCGUCGACAAAGUGUUCAUCGAUAGCAAAAAUGAGACUCUAAAGGGUCAAUUCAAGCUUUUCUUCAACUACGCCACAACUGCGUUGGACCAAAAUUUCGUCAACAAUCUCUACGAGGGUUUAUAUUCUUGGCAAAGUCGGAACUGGGACCCCACGAUUGGUUCUGGUACCUUCAGCAAUUGGUGUCGCCUCAUCACAAGCUCCAAACUAGAAUAUCCUUCAACGGCCGCAGCUAACGCCUCGGCUGCUUCGAUCCUGGAAGCCACAGGUUACGGCGGCAACGACACGCUAACUUUGCGCUUACUCAAUUAUGCUGGAUACCUCAACCGAUUCUCUCUUGCGGACGCGGGCCCCCUGGACGGAUCUGCCUCCGCCUCCAGCUCGGCAUCCUUGGCCACAGCUGUUCCUGCUGAGCAAUUUGACUCAUGGGGAUAUCAAACUUGCACGGAGUGGGGAUAUUGGGUCACAGGUUCUGGUUUCGACUUAUCGCUCGGCAAGCCGUUGUUGUCAAGAAUUCUGGAUCUCGAGUAUGAAAAUUCGUACUGUGAAUCUGAAUUCGGCAUUGUCACGCCACCCAACAUCACAGCAAUAAACAAAUACGGCGGCUUCGACAUCUCAUACCCUCGCCUUGCCAUAAUCAACGGUCUCGCCGACGUGUGGCGCGAGGCAACCCCCGCCGCUGAUGCAGCUCGUCCUCGCGAGUCCACAAUUUCAGAACCGUGGAUCGUGAUUGAUGAUCCACCAGAAGAUGUCUGGGAUGGUCUUCGAGGUGCUGGCCACCAUUGGGAAGCUAAUGGAGUAUUCGCAAACCAGACCCAGAAGCAGCAGCCCCCAACAGCCAUUGCGGAGGCUCAAGCCGAUAUUGUUCAGUUUGUAGGAACCUGGAUCGAGGAGUGGAGGAACGCCAAGAGAGGCUAA